AUGGAGUACGAUACCAAGACCCCCCAGUCCAUCACCUCGGACCCCAAGUCCUUCGCCAGCGAUUCAGUCCGUAUGCGAUGGCCUACCAUCCUGACCCAAGCUAUUCAGGACAUCACCAAGUCCACAUCCAAGGCCGAGGGUGCUGAGAAGCAGGCCGAGGGCAAGAAGAUCAUUGAACAGCUCACCACCCUCAAGGACGAGGUGGUGAACGACGCCAAGUUGACGCCUAUUGUCAACGACGAGUUCCCCGACGAGGUUGCUGCUUAUAACAAAGAAAUCCAAGACCGAGGAAAUCCUUCCUGGUUGGACGUCACAUGGCUCUUCGCCGAGUGCUACAUGUACCGACGCAUUAGCACUUUCUUCAAUCUCACCAAGCACUGGAAGGAGUACGACCUCUUCGCCAUCCAGAAGCUUGACACUUUCCGCACAUCUCGAAAUGCUGUCCUCGAGCUAGCCUCGCGGUACAAGGAGCUGGUCUCCGACCUCAAGGCCGACAAGGAGAAGACCCACAACCUUGAGGCUGAGAAGAUUCUCUUCCAGGAGUUCUUCGAGAUUUGCCUCUGGGGCAACGCUACUGAUCUCUCCCUUCUGACAAACAUGACCUACGAAGACAUCCAGAAGCUUCAGGGCUCAGAGGCUCGCAAGGCCGCAGAACAGAACAUUCUGGUCAAUGACCUCCCAAAGGCCUAUGAGAUUCUCAAGAAGGCCCGCGAUGAGGGUAAGAAGGAGCGAAGAAUCGAUUUUGUCCUCGACAACGCCGGCUUCGAGCUUUACGUUGACAUUAUCCUCGGCGGCUUCCUCCUCGCCACUGGCCUGGCCACCCAGAUCGUCCUCCGCCCUAAGUCCAUCCCCUGGUUCGUCUCAGACGUUCUGCCCAGUGACUGGACUGCCACACUCGACGCUCUUUCGGACCCCAAGCGUUUCUUUGAGACUCCGAACGACGAUGAGAAGGCGCAGGGCAAGGUCCCAGUCGCCCUCACCGCCAAGGAGGAGCAGGAUCUCCUCUUUGUCCACCAGGACUGGGCUUCGGAAUACAAGAACGGCCAGAUCACUCUGGUGCCUAACCGUUACUGGACCCGUGGUGGCAGCUUCUGGCGUCUCCCUAAGGAGGCCCCUGAGCUACACGAAGAGCUUAAGCCUGCUGAGCUUGUCAUCUUCAAGGGUGACCUUAACUACAGAAAGCUGACUGGCGAUGCUCACUGGGAUACCACUACUCCAUUCCCCCAGGCUCUCGGUCCAUUGGGUCCCGGCUCGGGUGUCAAUGUCCUCUCCCUGCGAACUUGCAAGGCCGACGUCGUCGUCGGCCUCAAGCCUGGACAAGAUGAGGAGCUCAAGAAGAUCGGCGGCGACAUCGAGACCGGCGCUCGAAAGUGGGCAUGGCACGGCAAGUGGGCUGUUGUGUCCUUGUCACAAGGUUAG